AUGCAAUUAGUAAAGACGCUUCCUACAACACUAUUGCUGCUGGCACUACUAGCGCUUUUCAAUGCAUCAGUCGAAGCAGUUUCGACUCGAUUGCCUUCUGUUCGAACAUUCUCAUGCCGCUCUUCAAAAGGAGUUGAACUCACAUCGUUCAACGCCCAGAAGUAUGAGCUUUGCGCAGGAGAAUGCUGCAUCGUUAAAGAGAAAUCGCCGAAAAAGGAAACGAUACAGCUACCUCCAGAAAUCACCUUGCAGGACUACUUCAUUCAAUGGGAAAUCUCCGAUGGUCACCAAGCGACAGUUGUUGAAGCCACCUGCCCUCAAGUACCGUUCUGCGAAAACGUUCAGUACUGGUUCUGUACAGCUAACGUGCUGAACCCAAAAUGUUCACCUCGAGCAGCGAUUAUAGUAAUUGCGAUCGGCUUCUACCUUACUACUACACUGAUCUACGUUCUUUGCUACGUUCCUGUAAGGCUAGGCAUACCAUGUCGGAUUCUCUGCAAAAUUCUUGACGACUCUACCACAUCGCCAGCGCCGGGAGCACACUGCCAGCAGUGUGGAACACGCGCCAACGAGAGCAGAUUGUACACGCGAUACAAGACCAAGGUCAACUCGCACAUCGCUCGACCAUCAUCCUUCGCCACCAGAUCAACUAUGCCGGAGAGUAUAGGGAGUCACCUCUCUAUGAUCAGGUUAUCUCAAGAUUGUGUUAUUUGUGUUAUUGUUGAGUAUGUAUAA